GCUAGGCGAGCUCGUGUCAAGAUGGCGACUCACCCAGAGGACCAAGUGGACCCGCAGCAGCCCAUCAGUAAGAACAAACGCUUCAGGAAGGAUAAGCGUGAGUGUAGCAGAGGCGGCGCUUGGCCUGCUGCUGGGCUUCAUGGAAGACGCCAUGGUCCCUGGACUGCUCACGCACGCAUGCCAUCUUUUGCUCUCUUAGCUUGGGACACAGACGACAUUGAUCAUUGGAAGAUCGACAAGUUCACACCUGAAGACAAUCCGCAUCCAUUGACCGAAGAGUCAUCGUUCGCGACACUGUUCCCAAAGUACAGAGAACAAUAUCUGCGCGACAUCUGGGGCCACGUAACCACUGCUCUCGAAAAACAUGGCAUCUCCGCGACGCUCGACCUCGUCGAGGGUUCCAUGACUGUCCGGACGACACGCAAGACGUGGGAUCCGUAUAUGAUCCUCAACGCUCGCGACCUCAUCAAGCUGCUCAGUCGUAGCGUGCCCUUCCAGCAAGCUGUCCGCAUCCUUGAAGACGGUGUUGCGUGCGACGUCAUCAAGAUCGGAAACAUUGUCCGCAACAAGGAGCGCUUCGUCAAGCGUCGACAGCGCAUCAUCGGUCCCAACGGGAGCACGCUCAAGGCCCUUGAGCUGCUGACCGGCUGCUUCAUCAUGGUGCAAGGCAACACGGUCAGCACGAUGGGCCCGUACAAAUCGCUCAAGGAGGUUCGACGCAUCGUUCUCGACUGCCUGCAUAACAUUCAUCCCAUCUAUCACAUCAAAGAGCUCAUGAUCAAACGUGAGCUCGCCAAAGAUCCCAAGCUCGCCAACGAGAGCUGGGAUCGUUUCCUUCCCAAGUUCAAAAAGAAGAACGUAAAAAGCAAGAAGCCCUCGGCAUCAUCAUUGCCGUCAGCUGCAUCAGCAGGGUUGUCCUCGACUCCGACCGCUACUGGCGCGAAUGCCACGUCCUCUUCCGCCUCUGCCAGCGCCAGGGCGAGUGCAGAUGCAGCAGCGCAACCACCCAAGAAGAAGCAGAAGAAGACAUACACGCCCUUCCCUCCACCCCAGCAGCCGAGCAAGAUCGAUCUGCAGCUAGAGAGCGGAGAGUACUUCCUCAAGCCCAAGGAGAAGAAAGCGCAGGAGGAUGCAAAGCGGGAGAAGAAGCAAGCCGAGAAGCGUGUGCAAAAGCAGGCGGAGCGUGCCAAGGCAUACGUGGCCCCUGUCGAAGAUGCUGUCGCGAGCAAGGACAGCCAGGAGGGGAAAGCAAAGAAGAAGAAAAAGGACAGGGACGAGUCUGCCACGGGCCAGAAAAGGAAGCGAAGCGUAGGCGACGGCGACGGCCCAGAUGCAUAAACAUGGCCGCGUCGUGCACCCCUUGUAUUGUAUACCUUCCUAUUACUAGCAUCACGCAC